AUGGCUUGGAUUAAACAAAAGGAACAAGAAAGCUCAACAAUGGAAAAUUUUGCUUCAGAAUCCGAGGCUCUGGCAUAUUCAUUGGCAGAGGUCCUUGCAGAGAAAUCAGGACGGAAAUCAAGUUUCUUCAAAAAAACCUGUGUGCGAAACACAUGUUAUCUAAGGAUGAACCGUUAUCCACCAUGUCCGAAACCAUCGGAGGUGUAUGGUUUGAUGCCACACACGGACAGUGAUUUCCUCACAAUCUUGUAUCAAGACCAAGUCGGAGGACUCCAACUCAUUAAAGACAAUAGAUGGAUCGCCGUUAAACCUAACCCUCGUGCUCUCAUUAUCAAUAUUGGUGACUUAUUUCAGGCAUGGAGUAAUGGCAUGUACAAAAGUGUGGAACAUCGUGUGAUGACGAAUCCAACGGUGGAGAGAUUCUCAACGGCGUAUUUUCUAUGUCCAUCAUACGACGCCGUUAUAGAGUGUUCAGGUGAUUGUCCUGCUUAUAGAAAUUUCAGUUUCGGAGAAUUCAGACAGCAAGUUCAAGAAGAUGUUAAGAAGCUUGGUUAUAAAGUUGGCCUCCCUAGGUUCAUUAAUGAUAUCUACUAAUUUAUACACCCAGCUCUAAUGUAUUCUUAGGGUCUAUAUCUAUAUGUUUUGAUUUUUAUAAGUUUUGGUUGAAUUUUCUUAACAAAUGUUGUAUUCUAGGUAAACUGGUAAUCUACAUUUAGUCAAAAUAAAUUGUAAAAUCAAUUAUGUUAAA